AUGCUGAGAUUCCAAAGGUUUUAUGCAAGUGGAUGGUCUAAAACUGCCAUUUCUGCAAAGACUAGUGCUAACACUUAUAACGAUUUAAUAGUAACAAAGUCUCAUAAUAAGUUCAAAUUGUUCCCUAAAUACAAAUUAAAGUGUGGUCUAGAAAUCCAUACCCAAUUAAAUACGGAUAAAAAAUUAUUUUCCUUAUCAACGAACGAUCCAUUUCAGUCAAUAAAUAAACCAAAUAAUCAUGUUUCAUAUUUUGACAGUGCAUUACCGGGAACCCAGCCAGUUUUGAACACACAAGUAAUAUUAUAUGCCUUGAAAUUAGCGUACGCCUUGAAAAGUGAUAUUAAUCACGAGUCAACAUUUGAUAGGAAACAUUAUUUCUAUGGAGAUCAACCUUUGGGUUAUCAAAUAACUCAACAUUAUUCUCCAUUUGCAAAAAACGGAUGCAUGGUAUUACGUCGAACAAUUGAUGGGAUAAAUGAAGAGGAACAUAAAAUUAACAUUAUACAACUACAAAUCGAGCAAGAUACGGGCAAAUCCAAUUAUUUAGAACAACAAAGUUACAAUGAUGAUAUCCAAAGUUUGAGUCUGAUUGACUUAAAUAGGUCAAAUGUUCCCUUAAUAGAAAUGGUUACCGCUCCUGAGUUUACUGAUCUAAAACAAAUUAGAAGUUUUAUUAAAAAAUAUCAAAACCUAAUUAGGCACUUGAAAAUUUCUACUGGAGACUUGGAAACUGGUGCAAUGAGGGUUGAUGUAAACAUAUCGAUCAAUAAUUAUCCAAGGAUAGAAUUGAAAAAUUUACCUAAUACAAGUUCUAUUAUAAAUGCGAUUCAAUAUGAAUAUUCCCGGCAAGUCAAUAUUAUUGAAAAUGGAGAUGCUUUUACAGAAUUAGCCUCAUCUGAAACCAGAGGUUGGAAUGGGAUGCAAACAGUUAAAUUAAGAAGCAAAGAGACUAUCAUAGAUUAUAGAUACCUGCCUGAUUCCGAAUUGCCGGUCUUGAGAUUAGAUCCCCUAAUUAUGGAUGAUCUAUCAAAGAUAAUACCUGAACUACCAGAUGAAAUUUUAGAAAAAUUAAUGAAUGAACCGUAUAACUUGGCUUUAAAAGAUGCCAAAAUAUUGACGACAAAUAGCAAUGGACAUGAUGAAAUGUACACACACGAGCAACUAUUAACAUAUUAUUUAGCAACAUUUGAUAAAUAUAGGGAAAUGUUGCUACAAAAAAAUAACAAAAAGAAAGUAGACUAUAAGUUGCCUACAAAUUGGAUACUUCAUGAUUUUUUGGGGAAUUUAAAUAAAUUACAAUUAAAAUUGGAAGAUUGUAAUUUUACAAGCACUAAAUUUGCUGAAUUUUUAACUUUAAUUCAUAAUGAAAGUUUAAGUAAGAAAAGUGGGAAAUUGUUAUUAUUUUAUUGUAUGGAGAAUAAUUUGAAAGAUCCAAAUUUUCAAAAACUAAUUAAAGAUUUUGACCUAAGCCCUAUAUCAGAAAUAGAUGAAGCCGAAUUAGAUUCGUUGUGCAAAACGAUUUUAUCUGAAGUUGAUGACGCUGAACUGGUGAAGAAUAUAGUUUCUGGAAAAAGGAAAAACGGAUUGAAAUUUUUAGUAGGACAAGGUAUGAGAUUGUCACAAGGUAGGAUUAAGCCCCAAUUGUUUGAGAACACAUUUAAACGUAUUCUAAAUGUUAAAUGGUGA